CAAACUCUGUGACUCUGGGUAUACCACACCUCGGGUGCGAUCGUACUUCGUCGUCCGGUUCGGUGCCUCCCCUCCUCUUCAAAUCUCCCCAAGCGGAUCCCCAGGAUCUCUGUUGCUAUGUACAAACUCAACAUAAUCGAACAGCCACGGAACGUCAGGACUUCAGGCUAUGUGCCGUCCGUUGUCGGUCGGUCAAUCGAUCCCGUUCCCAUCCUCCAGCUCGUCUACCAAGAAGCAAACGGAAGCGUAAUAACAAACGGACAUUCCCGGCAGCUGCUGGCCGCCAACAGAUUCGUGACCCAUGUUCGGCUCUUCAGCGGAGACGGCACCCGCGACCUCACCGAGAUCGGUUUUCUACCGGGCUCAAACACAACCCACUCCAUACCCCAGGCAAAGGACUCGCCGGAUUCGGGACUGCUCCCCUCCGAACGAUCUGCCCAACUCGACCUCGACUCCAGGUCCGAUCGCUUGGAUCGACCGAGCCCGGAGGUGGUGCAGCGCGGAAGCAACGGCGAGAUCUUCCCGCUCUUUGGGAACCUGGUGUCUCCGAGCCACUUUGCGCGUGGGCUGGAUCAAGUCAUGGGAGUCUUUUUCGUCUUUGGGAACCUCUCGAUCCGCACCGAGGGCACGUUUCGGCUGCAGUUUGUCCUCGUUGAUCUAAAGCUGCUCGAUCCCGACCCGCAGCCGGCAGUUAUGGCAACAGUCAUGUCCGAUGUAUUCGAGUCGCAUAGCUGGAGGACGUUCCCAGGGAUGACCAGAAUCACCCCGUUGACACGGCAUCUAGUCGAUCAAGGCGUCGUCAGGAUCUUACGAAAGACCAACCUGACGACGGACGAGGCACAAAAACCGCGGAUAUCGGCCCGGAAUACAUCAGCCUGAUUAAUGUCUUUUAUGGGUUCGCGGGUCGGCGUU